AGAUUUUUAUUUACAGCUUUGCAGGACAUGUAAAACAAAAACACAAUGCUAUAACUAAAGCCAAGAUGAACAAGCGCAAAUGUUUCCCCCAGACAUGUGAAUUGUCAGUAAAAAGACGACGUGUACAGGAAUGUCCACCGAGUUCACAGACUCCCGACCAGGGUGCGUGGGAUGAAAUCCCAUACGUGGUGUUGCUGCACAUCUUCAAGCACUUGGAUUCUAAAUCUAGAUGCGCUGCGUCGACGGUAUGCAAGCGAUGGAACUUCGCGUUUAAAAAUGCAUCGUUGUGGCGUUCUGUUGCGCUUACGAUUGGUGGAUUAAACGCUAAGCACACAGCAUUCAAAUGUAUACGAUUUUUGAAACUGUUCGGCCCCCACCUGCGAGAGCUGAGGAUCAGCUGUCAGGUCCUGUCCUACAGCAACAGCCUGCUCAUCACCGACACCCUGCACGCCAUGUUCCUGCUGCUGCCAGAGUCCGGUCUGCGCGUGCUGGUGCUGGACAACCUGGAGGCGGACAACCACGAGUGCUGGAGGUACCCGAGACUCGCGGCCAGCCUCGUCACGAGCCUGGUCAACUUUGUGGAUUCGCAGAGGAGCUUGGAGCAAUUCUCCAUGAAGUCAGCCAAAUUUGAAGAGCAGAACGGCAUCAGGUUAUUGCAGGCCUUAGGACAACCUUCAGCCUCAAACUUGUCCUCACUAGACCUGGAAGCUUUCUUCAGUGAACAUGUUUCCGUCGCAAACUGCGCGGCGUUUAAAACAGCGUUAACGACAUUCUCGCACGUUGAGACGUUGGCACUAAACUACUGGUACCUGAGUGACGAACUCAUGAAACAGAUGGCGUUAGCUUUUCGUCGGCUCAAGCGUUUGAAAGUUACCUGCCUCUGGGACAGUGACAACGACGGUAUGUUGCUUCGACAUUCUUGA